AAGCUGGGGUUGCACACGGUUCAGUUCGUCUGCUUACCUGCAUCGUUCGUUCGUGCGUGUUGUCUGCAGUCUAUCCGGGCUUUACUUGGCAUGGCUGCUCCGAUGUUCACACGAUUCUCUCUCGUGCCAUGCCGGCGUGCCCUGAUGGCUUGCUCGCGGCGCAACCUUUGGAGACGCUACCCGGUCACCAUCGGCGAUGUCUUCGGUGAGAUGGACCGGCAGCUGCGCCACUUCGAGCACGAGAUGUCGCGCACUUUCCGCGACCUGGACCGUUCGGGCGCGUUCGGGCCAGCGUUUCGCUGGCUGCGUGCGCGCGACGUGCCCGUCGAGGCCGGCUCGGGCGACAAGUUUCGGGUGCAGCUGGAUGUGAGUAAGUUCAGGCCGGAGGACGUGAAGGUUUCCCUCUCGGGCAGCGAGCUGACCGUGCGCGCCCGCUCCGAAGUCAAGGAGGGCAACUCGACGUACUUGCGCGAGUUCUCGCACACCGUGACACUGCCGGAAGACGUCGACCCCGACACUGUGCGUUCCCUGUUGCUCGCCGACGGAUCGCUGUGCAUCGAGGCUCCCCGCGCGCUGCCCGAGCCGAAGGAAGUGCCCAUCGAGAAGUCCGCUCAGGGCGAGCCUCCCAAGGACAAUUAAGUGAAGAAAAUGCGCACGCUAACUUCGUGCUGUGACUAUUGCUUGUACUUAGUGUGUAAAUAAAUGUAUCUGCCCGUUAA